CAAGUGCCUGCUUUUCAUUUAUAGUGUUAUUUAUGUAAAACAAAUAAACAGCAAUAUGCAAUUGUUUAUAUUAAUAGCGCUACUGUGCCUACUCAAUACGCUCCUGCCAGAUUUCAUACGGAACUACCUCAAAGUCUCGCGUUUUUGGAACCGCACGUCCAGCUACGUGCAGAAGCUGAAUUCGAGACUGGACACAGCACGUGAGGAGUUAGAUAAUGAGCGUAGUGCAGAACAUGCCGGCGAAUACUCAAGGAAAAUUAAAGAAAUGCGCGCCGAGCGAAAAGUUUCGGAAAUUGAAGCUGAAAUCAAAUUAUUUACACAAAUGGCCAAGCUAAAACAAUCCACCAUAGACACAGUAGCCUACUACGUGUCCAAGGUGCUGCUCUCGCUGAUGCUAAUCAUAGUGUGUACGCGUAAUAAACACACACCUGUGAUGAUCUUCGAGGAUAGCUUUAGUCUAGCGCCGCUGGGUGGUUUGCUCAGCUUUCCCACGGGCGUUUAUAAUGCCAUCUCACCACAUGCCUGGGCGCUCUCCUGCAACUUUACGUUACGCUUGUUCUAUAGCAUAACAAAGAAGUAAUAAGCCAUCUGGACGAACACGGAAUUGUACUUUUGCAUUUGAAUGCAAUUAAUUUAGUUUAAUUAUUAUUUAAAUAGUUGGCUUAGUUGAGCUUACUAAACACAUUAUGGACA